UGUAUGUAGCGAGAUAGGAGAGAGAAAUUUGUUUGGUUCUGUUAGUUUGCUGGCAGAGGUUUUUUUUCUUUUUUUUCUUUUAGGGUUAGGGUUUUUUCGAGGAGGAGAUCUAAGAUGAGUAGUGGCGGGGAGAGAUUGAGUGGGAAGGUCAAGUGGUUCAAUGAUCAGAAGGGGUAUGGUUUCAUUACCCCUGAUGAUGGCGGAGAAGAUCUCUUUGUCCACCAGUCCUCCAUCCGCGCCGAGGGUUUCAGGAGCCUUGGCGAGGGCGAACAGGUAGAGUUCGUCAUCGAGACCACUGAUGGUCGAACCAAGGCCGUAGAUGUCUCUGGUCCUGAUGGAGGCGCCGUCCAGGGAAGCAGCAACCGCGGAGGCGGCGGAGGCGGCGGAAGGGGAGGACGAGGUGGCGGUGGAUACGGUGGGGGCGGAUACGGCGGGGGCGGAUACGGUGGCGGUGGUGGUUAUGGAGGAGGGGGCGGAUACGGUGGAAGAGGAGGCAGAGGCGGAGGUGGUUAUGGUAGUAGUGGCUAUGGAGGAGGCAGCGGAGGCGGCGGAGGCGGUGGUGGUUGUUUCAGGUGUGGUGAGAUGGGGCAUAUGGCGAGGGACUGCUCUCAAGGCGGAGGUGGUUACGGCGGAGGUGGAGGUGGGAGAUAUGGAGGCGGAGGUGGCGGCGCCGCUGGGAACUGCUACAACUGUGGCGAGGGUGGGCAUUUCGCCAGAGACUGUCCAAACAGUAGUCGUUGAUCUUCUGAAGGAACCCCAAGAGUAGAGAAAGGUAGGUUUGUCUCUUCAGAUCUACGUUGAUUCUCUCUUGGGUAUACCUUAUGUUGGUCUUUUAUCGGUUUUAUGGCACCUGGUGAUCGGUUAAUUUAAUUUUAGCAUGGUUGGGUUUUCGCAUUAGGGUUUUUUUAUUAGGAUCUCGGUUUCCGAAGGAUGAUCUGGCUGAUGGUUCGGUCAUCUCUUGAAUUUCUUAAUUUUAGUCUUUAAAGGUCUGGUCUGCUUGUAAUGGGGCUUUUUUUAGGAGCAGUAGAGAGAAAUGAUGAUGGUGAUUAUAUAAUUUCUCAACAAAUCAUGGAUGUUUAAACUCUCACUGUUGAUUUUAAAGUGUUAAUACACAUAUAUAAGAAUACAAGCUGGUUUGGUUUUCCCCA